UCUUCUUUCUCUCUCUUUUUGUUGCGUAUGGAGAAGAGCUGUUUUGUAUGAAAAGUCAGCUCCCGAUCUCCACCUCUCUCUGAUCUCUUUUCUUUCUUCAAAACCAUUCUCUUUUUCAUGACUUUGUUUGUUUUUGAGAAGCACAUAACCAUAUAACAAUCCACAACAUCAUCAUCAUCGAUCACCUCCAAAACUCGUUUCCUUUGCGCUCUCUCUUUUCUUCAGCUCCACAGCUACCUAUCCAUCUCUGCUGAAUCAGAGUGAUUGAUCAGACUCAACCCAAAACCCAAAAUUAAUAGUGUAUAUGCUGUUCUACGUCAGCUAGGGUUGUUGAUUCAAAUGACAGUUAUUCUUGCUGAUCUCCUAUACUAGUUAGUAGUAUCAUGUGCAGCUUGUCUAUGCCAAUUGGGAUGGAGAAUUAUCAAGGCGAUUUAACUGACAUACUUCGAGCUGGUGCUGCUACAGGAUCAUCCUCAUCAUCGGCUUAUCAUUCCGAAACAAUGAAUUCCGACAGCUGGCAGUUUUCAUCCGAUGAUAACUAUUCUAUGAAAUUCUCGACAUCAAUGGCCAUGGAAGAAGUAGAAGACGCAAGGGACAAUUUCGGCGAUCCGUUUUCAUCGUACAUACGCGAUCCACUUCUUCACGAGCUGUCGUCCACAUCCACCGGCGGCUUUUUCAGCAGCCCAAAUUCGACUCCAGAAAUGAACAUCAGUGUAGAUAUGGAAGCUCGUGCUGCGCCGUUUGGUGCUCAUGUACCUGGUCACCAUCAUCAAGGUGAGGUUACUAAGAGGCCUUGCAACAACAUAUUCUCUCGUAUGCUUCAGAUCUCCCCCGGGAAGCUAGGCGGCGACGUGGCGGGGUGUGAUUCGGUGGCGGUGUUGGGGUCACCGAGGGGGGGAGGAGGAGGAGGAGGAAUCAAGGCUGGGCCUGGUGGUGUUAUGGUUGGAAGCGACAUGAUUAAUGCAAACAGCUCAAAAGGUUGCUUGCUCGAGAACACCGGAGUUGGGGUGCAGAUCUCAUCUCCACGGAAUCCGGGUAUCAAGCGAAGGAAGAGCCAGGCGAAGAAGGUGGUAUGUAUUCCAGCGCCAGCAGCAGCAAACAGUAGGCCAACUGGAGAAGUAGUUCCAUCUGAUCUGUGGGCAUGGAGAAAGUACGGUCAGAAACCCAUCAAAGGUUCACCUUAUCCAAGAGGUUACUAUAGAUGCAGCAGCUCAAAGGGUUGCUCAGCAAGGAAACAAGUAGAGCGUAGCCGGACUGAUCCAAACAUGUUGGUCAUCACCUACACUUCCGAGCACAACCAUCCCUGGCCAACCCAGAGAAAUGCUCUCGCCGGCUCAACCCGAUCCCAGCCAUCAAAAGCCGGUGCCGGUUCAAAGACCUCUCCUAAUACUGCUCAUCACCAAAAACCAGAUAGCCCAGCAAAGGAAGAACAAAAGGCUGCAGCUGACAGCAUGAACGAGAAUAAUCAUGUACUGUCUCCAGUUAAUGCAACUGUUGGAAGUAGUUCAACAGUUAAAGAAGAGUUUGAGGACAUUGAGAAGCUGCAAUUGGAGCUUGAUCAUCAUGAUCCCCAUCAUCAGCAUGAUAGUGAUCAUCACCAGUUCAGUAAUCAUGAUCAAGUUUUUCCUUAUAGACCAUCAAUGCCUGAACAGUCCAACAACCAAUCAGAGGAUUUCUUCGCUGAUUUAGGAGAAAUUGAAGCUGACCCACUAAACCUCUUGUUCUCACAGUGUUUCACAGCAGAUGAACAGCAAAAGGGUGGAAACAAGGCUGCCUUGGAUCCAUUCAAUCUCUUUGAUUGGUCUGGAGAUCAAAACACCAACACCCCCAACAACAAUCCUUCAUUUGGUCAUGAAGCCAAGAGGCAUUUAUAACAAGGGCAACCCUGGAAACAACUUAACAUUCCCCCGACUAAAACAAGAGUUAAGACAACCUUUUUUUAAGUUAGUUUUUGUGGUAAUGUUUUGAUAUGGAUCUUCUGGUGUGUAUUGAGUAAGGCGAGAUAAACCACAUUUUAAAACCACAUUAGAUAAUUUUGUUACGAUAAAUGAAUUGUUACAUUAAUUAUUAUGCGACACAUUAUUUGAUAUAUAAUGUAAUUUACUAAUGUGGUCUAA